ACGCCGUCAGACGCCACGCGAGGGCUCUAACUCUUCUCCCGAAACCGCUCGCCUCUCAGGACGGAUCUCCUCCACCGGCAGCGCUCAUUGAUUCAAACUCUCUAAGCAGCAGAUGUGAAAGGGAAACCCAAUCCCACCCCCCGACCCCCCGCCCGGACCCCCUUUUUUUUUUCUACCGCCACCCUCAUCUGGGAGAACAAUACCUCCACUUGGGAGAGGGUGGGCUUUUUGUCCCACUGACCCACAGUCUGGCUUCAGUACUUGGUCAGCUCCUCGGUCACGUUCCCAUGCCCGUUUGGACGCUCUCCCCGGGAUCCCCGCCAUGAUGCAAACGGAGACUUCGGUCCAGCUCGGCGCCUCGCUGACCCUGGAGACGCCGGAGAGCGCCGCCAUCCUGCAGCAGAAGCAGCUCUUUGAGAAGUUCUGGAAGGGGACCUUCAAGGCGGUGGCCAUGCCCAGGCCGGAGAGCGUCAUCGUGGCCAGCAUCAUCGCCCGCACCAGGCUGACCCGUCCGCAGGCGCCUCCGCCGCCGGCCGACGCCAACGCCAGGAAGGAGGUGACUGCAGGUUCCGGUGUGCCCCCUGCUGGCAGGGACAGUUGCAUCGCGAGAAAAAGGCGGCACCACCGCCAUCGCCGGGCGAGGAGCGCCUCUUUUAACCAUGAGCUGUCACUGCGGCCGAAAGCCAAGAAGAAGAAGAGAAAGUCGGACAAGAGCAGGCGACGAAGGAGAAGGUCACCUUCCUGCAGCCUCUCGCCGCUGAGGAAGAAGAAAAAGAAAAAGAACGCCAAGAAAAGCAAGCGGCAUCGGUAUAGCUCAAAAAAGUCCAAGCACAGCUCCACCAGCUUAAAGCGGAAGAGGAAGGAGGAGCGCAGGCACAAGAAAAGCUCGAGGACUCGCUCGCGUCGAAAGCGCCGCCGCCAGAGGUCAGCCUCGAUAAGUUCUUGCUGUCAAUCAUCUGCAGAGGACAGACACUUUGUCGAAAAAAGUGAGUCCCGUCAGACGCCGGGACGCAUGGCGCUCGCCCAUGACGGAACCAAUGGCGUGAUGGUGCACAAAUCAGUAAAAACAGGGGCAAAAUAUCCAUCGGUCCUCUCCACCGGCGGCAGUUUGUCGUCAAAGCUUUUAGAGGGGACGACAUCCCGUCACGGUGCGCACGAUUAUGACUCGGGCAACGACACGUCGUCGCCGCCUUCCUGCAAAACUGCCGCCGACGGCAAGAGCGCGGAGCGUCGGCGCGCCGCCUCGAUGCAGUUCACUGACAAGGACGACGUCUCCGACUCAGGGAACUCGGUGACAAGCUACGCCUCGCUGUGCAAAACCUGCAGGGACGACAGCUUGAGAGAACACGUCAUGUUGGGAUGUCGGGUUGACGUCAUGAGAUCUUCUGAGACUUCCGGCUGCUCCCAGGAGGCGAGCGAGUCUUCCGGAAGGUCACGGAGCCGAGGGAGGAAGAAGAAGAAGAAGAAGAGGAGGAGAAGGAAGAGGUGCAGAUCAUCAGGCAGCUCCAGAUACUCGGGACGCCACUCUCGAAGCUUGUCCUCUGUUAGGUCCUACUCGCGUUUGCCGAGUUAUUCUCCGGCUCGGAGGCGGCGAGGCAGCGUGAGCAGCAGCAGCUCCAGGGGAAGCUACUCCAGAUACAGCCACGACAGGUCGCGAUCAAGGCGGCGGACGUCCAGUUCCAGAGAGACGGACGUCACGCACAAGUCCAGCAGGAAGCGACGGAGACGCGAAUUCUACUCCCCGAUGAGGAAGAGGAGGAAGGACUCGCCGAGCCAUCUGGAGGCGCGUCGAAUCACGAGUGCCAGGAAGAGGCCCGUCCCUUACUUCCGCCGCAGUCCCUCCACCUGCAGCAGCACCUCGUCCUGGAGCAGCCUCUUCUCGCGCGGUCGCAGGUUCGUCCGCAGCCUGGAGCGCAGCAGGAGCCGCAAUCGCGGUUCCUCCACUUCCUGCUGCUCCUACAGGAGCUUCAGUCGCAGCUCCUCCUGGAACUCCGUCUUUGGGACCCAGCGCCGCGGUAUCAGAAGGAGCAGACAUUAGGACGGGAAGGGGAAGGCUUGGACG